UUGGCUACGCUGAGAUAGUCCCCCCAAUUCCAUCGAAUUUAUUAUAAUCUCAUUGUAUACUUAACCACCAUGAAAGUCGCCGGCAUCGCUACCCUGGCCUGUGCGGUCAUAACGGCCAGCGGCGCCGCUGUGCCCGAGAAUCGUCAGGUCGAAGAGCCUGUCACCAGGUCGGAGAGCAAGUUGCCGUUCAUUGGCGGCAUUAUGAACGCCUUCAAGCGAAAGGACGAUCAUCACGCCGUUUGGGCUAAGACUGGUCAUCGUCACAACAGCCGUGGUGACAAUGGCUGGGAGUCUAACCAAAAUGGCCACUACGAGGGCGGAAAGACUGAGACGCACUACGUGACUCAGACCCAGACGCUCUACGAGACUCAGACCCAGACGAACUACGAGACUCAGGUCGAGACUCAGACUCAGUUCGAGACUCAGACUCAGGUCGAGACUCAGACUCAGGUCGAGACUCAGACUCAAUUCGAGACUCAGACCCAGUUCGAGACUCAGACCCAGUUCGAGACCGAGACUCAGUUCGAGACCGAGACUCAGUUCGAGACUCAGACUCAGUUCGAGACCGAGAUUCAGUUCGAGACUCAGACCGUGACUGUCACCGAGACUCGCACCGAGGUUGAGACGUCUGAGCCCACAGCGAUCGCAACUUCGACGCCGACUUUCCCCACGGAGACUGGAAGUUCCGAAGAAUCUACCCCCGCGGAGACUGGCACCUCGGAAACUGGCACUACGGCGCCAUCUUUCCCCACGGAGACUGACACUUCGGAAUCCGCUAUCACCUCGGAGACCGGAACUUCGGAGGCUACUACCCCCGCCGAGACUGGCACUUCAGCAUCGGAGCAGCCCUCUGAGACCUCCCUCCCAGACACCAAUGGCGACAGCACCAAUGGCGACAGCACCAAUGGCGACAGCACCAAUGGCGACAGCACCAAUGGCGGCAGCACCAAUGGCGGCAGCACUAACGGCGGCUCCAACGGCGACAGCAAUGGCGACAAGGAUGGUGACAAGGAGGGCGACAAGGAGGGCGACAAGGAGGGCGACAAGGAGGGCGACAAGGAGGGCGACAAGGAUGGCGACCAUCAAGACGACGGCAAAGGCUACGUGAAGCGUGGCAACAGCAACAGCUACAAGAAUGGCAACGGCAAUGCCAAUGGCUACAGGAAUGGCAACGGCAAUGGUAACGGCUACAAGAAUGGCAAUGGUAAUGGCAAUGGCUAUAAGAAUGGCAACGGCUACAAGAACGGCCACCACAAGAGGUCCAGCGACGGCAACGGCCACAACGGCCACAACGGCCACAACGGCAACGGCAACGGCAACGGCAACGGCAACGGCCACAGCAACGGCCACAGCAACGGCCACAGCAACGGCCACAGCAACGGCCACAGCAACGGCCACAGCAACGGUAACAGCCAUAAGAACGGAAAUGGCAACGGCUACAGCAACGGCCACAGCAAUGGUAACAGCCAUAAAAACGGAAAUGGCAACGGCAACAGCAACGGCAACGGCUACAGCAACGGCAACGGCAACGGCUACAACAACGGACAUAGUAACGGCAACGGCAACGGCCAUAAGAGCGGCCACCACAAGAGGUCCAGCAGCGGCAACGGUCAUAGCAAUGGCUACAGCAGCGGCUACGGCAACGGCCACGACAGCAAGAGCUAUAACAACGGCAACGGCAACGGCAACGGCCAUAGCAAUGGCCAUAACAACGGCCAUAGCAACAGCAACGGCAACGGCAACGGCAACGGCUACCAUAGCAAGAGCUAUAGCAACGGCAACGGUAAUGGCAAUGGCUACGGCAGCAGCCACAGCAAUGGCAAUGGCUACGGCAGCAGCCACAGCAAUGGCAAUGGCUACAGCAACGGCCACAGCAAUGGCAAUAGCAAUGGCUACAAGAACGGCAACGGCAACGGCCACAAGAGCAGCCACCACUGA